UGUGCCAAUUUAAGCACCAGGACCUGGCUAACUAAACAGAAUAAUAACAGCAGAGGACUUGAGCCAAGUCCAUGCAAUGAAUAUUGAUUAGUGAAUAGCCUAUUAAUGAGCACAGGGCGUGGUGUCGCUUGUCUCCACACGUGCAAACAAUUAAAAGUGUGGACUAACUGCUGCAUGCAUUUGUUAGAUGUUCACUGACGCAGCAAAGUACCGUCCACAGCUCUGUUUUGUCGUAGCUGGGCUCGAAAACGGCCAUAAUGCUACCCGACGCCUACGGGUGCGCUGUGGCGAACAGGUACGGGGAUCUUCUGGAUGACGACGCUGACCCGUUCGACUUGAUCCGCAAAGUGGAAAUGGAGAAGGCGAAACGAAAGAAAAAGGAAGACGAAGAGAAGAAAGGCAAGCAGAAAAAAACUGGUCACAAGGAAUCCCAGAAGGACAGGCGCGUCCCUCAAGACCCGGCUCCAGUCCGUAAGCAGCAGCAGCAGCAGCAGGCACGUCCUGGACCAGUGACUGAGAGCGUAAAAGAGGCCCAGAGGGACACAAAGACCUUUGGGGGCCGUAGGUCCAACCAAGAUGAGUACCCUCAGGAGUAUUCCAUCGCUAGGCCUUCCUAUAAUGCUGAGUUGGACAUCAGGGGCAGAGGUAGGAGAGGAGCAAGAGGUGGUGGAGAAUACAAAAGGAACUCUGACAACUUCAACCUGAGGGGCAAGAGAGAGUUUGAUCGACACAAUGGAACAGGCAUCUCUCCUGAGGAGAAGAGAGGAGGAAGAGGACCCUGGAACUGGGGCAGUGUUGAAGAAGCUGCAAAUGAACUAAUGGAGGUGACAUCCGAUGCUCCAGUCAAAUCUGAGGAGCACCAAAGACCUGUGGAGGAAGAGAAUCGUUAUGAUAGAGCAACGGAAGAAGAGGUCGGAGAGAUGGUGGUCCAGGUUGCCAUGGAGAUGACCCUGGAUGAGUGGAAAGCCCUGCAGGAGACGAGUCGUGCCAAGGCAGAGUUUAAUAUCCGCCAAGCCGAGGACAAGAUUCCCUCUAAAGCAAAGGUCAUCCACCAGUCGAAGCACGUGGAGAUUGUGAAGGAGGGGACCCUGGAGGACGUUGAGAAUGAUGGCAACUUCCUCCGUAGGUCUGUGAAUGACAUCACCUCCCUUCUGGACAUCAAUUUUGGUAGUCUAGGACGCCCCAGUCGCGGGGGUCGGGGAAGGGGAGCACGAGGCGGCCUGGAAUGUCGCCCAGAGAGAGCCAAACCCACAUUGGAGAAGGAGGAGGAUCUGGCUCCCAACCCCGAUGACCCAGAAGACUUCCCAGCGCUGUCAGCAGGAAGAUAGCCAAAUUCACUUCUUGUACCUCCUGUUGGGAAUAUUGGUUGCACUUGACACUUGCUUAAAAAAAAAGUGUGCUGUUCUUAAGGUUUGGGGCUUUAUUGUACUUGAUUUGUCUUGCACAGUAGGCACUGACCAGCAUUUGACUUCUUGGCGAAUAAAUACUUCUGCAAAUUUA